AUGAACCCGGGGCCGACAACACUCGACCAGGUACGUGACUCCAUCCUGUCCGAACUCCGUCAUGUGAAAACUGAAAUAUUUGCAAACAUGUCUGAGAAUCAACCUGAGGCAGGAGAUAAACGGAAGGCGGGAAUUGUAGAAGGAGGUGACCCAGAGGCUUCCUCCACAAAGCAAAGUCGGCUCAAGAAUGUUGUUCAGUCUGGUACCUCAAGUGGCCCAGUACAAGAUUCCAGUUCAAAGAUCUUCAAGGAUCCUGUUCACGGAACUAUAACGGUGACGGGUUUGUGUGUGAAGAUAAUAGACACCCCGCAGUUUCAGAGGUUGAGGUAUUUGAAGCAACUUGGAGGAGAUUACUUUGUAUAUCCGGGCGCAGCACACAACAGGUUUGAGCACAGCAUCGGAACCUACUAUCUGGCUGGAACAUUUGCUCGGAUUCUGCAACAGGAAUAUCCGGAACUGGAGGACGAUGAAAUCAAGUGCAUUGAAAUAGCAGGACUGUGCCACGAUCUUGGACACGGCCCAUUCUCCCACGUCUUUGACAACUUCUUUAUACCUCGUGUGGUGCCAGGCAGCAAGUGGAAGAUUGUCAACAACGCCCAAACGGGAAUUGACGUAGACAAGUGGGACUACUUUGCUCGCGACUGUCACAUGAUGGGCAUAAAAAAUAACUUCGACCACGACAGGUACAUGAAGCUGGCGCGUAUAAUCCUCGUCGAAGAAGAAGGCGGCAAAGUGCCCCGGAUCUGUGCAAGAGACAAGGUAAUCCAUCCAUCUGCAUUGGCUAUAGCCUUAGUGUUGAGGGACUCAUAA